AUGUCAACCGUCUCCAAAAAGAAGACACCUGGAAUUUUGCGAGCCCUGGGGCGGGACUUGCACCUGACAUCCGUCAACGAACAGACAGCCGAGCUAGUCAAGACAACAAACCACACCCUUGCCCAGCUUCAAGAGGCCCAACGCCUGCGUCAGCUGAAGGAGCCUCUUCUUGAAGCCAGCGAGUGUAGCUGGAUUGAUCACACUCUUGAGGAUGUGGCCGAAGCAGCCCGCGAAGCAGCUAUCCUCAUUGAACCCAUGAGAGUCGAGCAAGAGACCCGCAACGGAAAGGUCACAUUGGGGCGGCAGCUGCGUUGGGUCUAUCGAGAUAGCCAGCGCGCUCAGAGCAAGAACCAGCGCCUGUUGGUGUGUCAUCAAAGCCUGAUGGUGGUCUUGGGCCAUCUCCAGCGGCUGGGUCGUCCCGAAUCUGCCAUUGCCGAAUCACCCGUCGUACAUGAACUUGCAGCCGAUACCCUGUCAAAAGACAUGGUUUACAGCCUAUCAGAUCAGAACAGACUGUGGUCUGGAUCCAAUGGAUCCACAACGGAUGUGAUGGAGGUCAUGAGGACAAAAAGCCCACUGAACUACGAGAUGCAUGAUAUGUUGGCGUGGCGUCGGUCUAAGGGAACUUCGACUGAGAUGAAACCUGCUUUAGGCCCCACCACCGAAGAACUGGACAUCGGCUCGUGA